AUGUUCACGGCUGCUUGUGACGAUACUGUUGGGAGUCCAGACGAAUCGAUCAAAAAUGCUGCUAAGACCGUAGCCGCCGGAAUGGUAAAAUAUUACACCGGAUACAAACCGGGAGAUACGCCAGGCAAUUUGCCCGAUCCAUAUUACUGGUGGGAGGCUGGUGCUAUGUUUAGCUCUCUGAUCGAUUACUGGUACUUUACGGGCGACUCGCAAUAUAACGAAAUCACGACCCAAGCCAUGCUCCAUCAGGUUGGAGAUGACAACAAUUAUAUGCCCCGAAACCAGACCUCAACGCUUGGAAACGAUGACCAAGCAUUUUGGGGAAUGGCCGCUAUGUCUGCUGCAGAAAACAAAUAUCCCAAUCCUCCAGCUGACAAGCCUCAGUGGCUUGAACUGGCCCAGGCCGUCUUGAACUCUCAAGUGCCUCGCUGGGACAAUCAAACAUGCGGUGGUGGCUUGAGAUGGCAGAUCUUCACGUUCAACAAAGGUUAUAACUAUAAAAAUUCUAUUUCCAAUGGGUGUUUUAUCAAUAUCGCUGCUCGUCUUGCUCUCUACACAAAAAACGAAACAUACGCCGAUUUGGCAGAGCAGUAUUGGGAGUGGAUGGAAGCGAUUGGAUUAGUCAGUCCGACUUCCCAAGUUUUUGAUGGCUCAGAUGUGGGCAAAAACUGCACCGAGCUCUCCCAUAUUCAGUGGACCUAUAACAACGGGGUUAUGAUGGGCGGAGCUGCCGCUCUGUAUAACUUUACAAACGGUGCUGAAAUCUGGAAAAGGCGACUUGACGGACUUAUUGAUGCGGCAAGCAUUUUCUUCUCGAAAGAUCCGCCGAAUGUUAUGACCGAAGUGGCGUGUGAGGGGAAUGGGAAAUGCAACGUUGAUCAGCGAUCAUUCAAAGCCUACCUGGCCCGAUGGAUGGCGCUGACAAUGAAGAUCGCCCCUUUUACUCGCGAGAAACUCCUGCCUAGGCUCCAAGCCUCGGCGAGAGCGGCGGCGCUGCAGUGCAAUGGACCUGACAAUGCGUGUGGGUUGCGUUGGACCAAGGGCGCUGCGUACGACGGCUCUACAGGUGUCGGAGAGCAAAUGGCGGCGUUGGAGAUCAUUCAAUCCAAUUUGAUCGAUGAGGUUGCAGGACCGGCCGACAACACGACUGGUAUCAGUAAGGGUGACCCAACCGCUGGUACCGGAGGUGACCCGGUGUAUACGUUUAGCGACAUCACGACGGGAGACAAAGUCGGCGCUGGUUUCUUGACGAGUGUGGUCCUGAUUAGUAUCCUUGGUGGAGCAUGGUGGAUGGUAUCUUAG